AUCUCCUUGUGGUAUAAUACCUGCUCUUAGCCUCACACCAUACAGCAAGUAAUCACACUCCCUUGCUCAAGGCCUUACUUAGCUUUCUGUUGCUUUCUAUACUAUCAUGAAACAGUGGGCAAGAAUGUAUGACACACCACUUAUGACACACCAAUUUGUAACUGCACAUGCAGGACCACAUGGACAGGCUUUCACUGGGGGUAUCAAUUUCGCAUUGGCAGAUAGUUUCCCCAAAGACUCGGGUUCCGAGUCCAAACAUGACAAGAUGGUGCCCUCAUCAGUCUCACCCCCUCCAAGUCCAAAUGAAGCAGUUCCUCGACUAUCCCGAGGUGCAAUGCUAGCAGACAGAGGCACUGUUCAGCUAGAACAACGUGAUCUUCCUUCAUGGACACCAAUGGUUGUUUCGGAUAGCGAAGGCGGUAUGGAUGAGCUCCCUUUAGGUGUGGAGGAAUCAAAAGCCUCGCCUUCGAAUGCGAGAAAAACGCUGUCACAGAAACGCAAGAAAAAUCCAAACCAUGGUCCUUCGAUUGCAAUGCCUCGACAAGAAGUCCAGCAGGCACCUUCAGGCGUCUACUCUGGGUUGGGGGAUUCCUGCGGUUCCCAAAGUUUGCAGGAGAUGCUGCAAGCAACAUUCAGCGCCAAUGGUUCAUACAAUAUCUCGCCGCCAGCCGCACCUAUUGAAAGCGAGGGGAGCAGCACCGACGUGCAAGCUGUGAUUUAUAACAAACAGCGCCGCCAAAUUCAUGAUACUCGCAGAAGCACAAGCCAGGAGGGUUCAGAGCCUAUCGCAGUAGUCGAUGCUUCAAUACCUAAUACCAACACAGCGGUUCCGACCAUAACUCGUCGCAAAGCCGCGUCCGCCAUUCCUUACGAGUCUAUGCAAAAGGUUAUUGAUGCUGCAUUGGACACUCGGGUAGCCAAAAUUGCUUGGCGUCGUCGGCGCAAUGCCACAGGGUGCGACACCAAUGAAGAGUCGCAGGAUGAGACUUCGAGGACAAACUGCUUUCCCUUCGAAGACGCCAUUUUUGACUUCGAUGUUUCAACCUCCGCACGUCAGGGAGAUCACCACAGUAAAAUCAAGUCGGGGCUAGCUCCAGUCGAGGAUGAACAUUUUGCCUUGCCGCGCAAAUUUACGCGAAUUCUUGAUGGCGUUCAAGUUACCUCUCUUCCACAGCAAUCCAGAGGGGAUAGAUUCAACGAACGACUGUAUGUAAUGUUUGGGGGCGCAGACGCACCUCACUCGCCUGACGUAUUAAUUGCUCACGCAACUGCAGAUUCGGCGUCUAUCUUCGCGCCAGUGCGCGAGGCUGCGGCAAGCAAAGAAAACAGCCCUGUCUCAUUCAGCGAUUCAGGAGUAUCGAUUGACACGUCGCUCUCGCAAAGCACCAAAGCCACAAGUAUUUCUGGGCGCAACGAUGUCUCUCGAAAGAGAGUUUAUACGGAGAGUCGCCUCGGGGAUGAACCUGUUCGAAAGAAGCAUAAGAUUGAGGUUGCAGAAGACCUGGUGUCCAAAUGGAUUACGGCGUUGCAACGACUUGUUAAGGGAAAAACGAAGAUUGGCCAUAAGGACAUGGAGGAUUUGAGCAUAGUGUUGGCCGAGAUAGAGUCUGUAUACCCGCACCUAGAUUCAGAACUUGCACAGGUCACUUGUCUUCGAGACGUCUUACAGCAGACAUCGCAGUUGGAAGAAAUUCCAUUUAAGGACGAACAUGACCUUCGCCGUCGCACGGAUGGCAUUAUCGCAGAAUGGCCCAGUGUUAAAGCCUAACUGAUAAAUUGAUGGGGAGAUUCCGAAUGUUUUUGGUGCAUUGCGUACAUUACUUGGGGGUAAACUUUUAUACCCAAGUAUGGAACACAUACAACUUUUUGGCAGCGUCAUUGGUAGUUACCAAUUAGGUCUUGCAGUUUAUUGCGAUCCGAGC